AAUGAAUUUAGUGAACAGUUGAACUAUUAUAUAAAGUGUUGGCUUUUCAAUUGCAAAAAAUCCAUAAUCCAAGAUAAGGAGAAACUGCGAAAAUGGCAUCGGAGUCAGGUCAAAGUCCCAAUCCUUCUUGGUUUACGCCCAAAAGGCUUCUUAUGAUAUUUUGUCUCAUUAACAUGCUAAACUAUGUGGAUCGAGGAGCUAUAGCCAGUAACGGUGUCAAUGGAAGUCUUGCAACUUGCACUGACUCUGGAAUUUGUACAGGUGGCAGUGGAAUUCAGGGGGAUUUUAACUUGAACAAUUUUCAAGAUGGAGUUCUGUCAUCUGCAUUUAUGGUUGGACUUCUAAUUGCUUCCCCAAUAUUUGCUUCUCUGGCCAAAAGUCACAAUCCAUUCCGGCUUAUUGGUGUUGGAUUGUCUGUUUGGACUUUAGCGAUAGCUGGAUGUGGUAGUUCGUUCGAUUUUUGGUCUAUUGCAAUAUGCCGAAUGCUAGUUGGUGUAGGUGAGGCUUCCUUCAUAAGUCUUGCCGCACCAUUUAUAGAUGACAAUGCCCCUGAUGCACAGAAAACAGCAUGGCUUGCUACAUUUUACAUGUGUAUACCAGCUGGGACUGCUCUGGGCUAUGUUUAUGGUGGAAUUGUUGGAAGCCAAUUUAACUGGCGUGUUGCAUUUUGGGUUGAGGCAAUUUUGAUGCUUCCUUUUCCCAUUUUGGGUUUUGUAAUAAAGCCUUUGCAAUUGAAAGGUUUUGCACCCUUGGAAUCCAAACAAACACUAACAUAUACUGAAACAAAUGUUUCAGAAACUGGAGAGGUUUCCCUUAUAGAUGAUGACACGCUUGCUGAAGAUCAAGCCUUGCUCAAAGGAUCCAAGUCAACAUCCAAAUUGUGGAAUCAGUUCACCAUCUUCUCCAAAGAUAUGCAGGAGCUCUUGCAUGACCAAGUGUAUGUUAUAAAUGUUCUAGGGUACAUAGCAUACAAUUUUGUCAUUGGAGCUUACUCAUACUGGGGCCCAAAGGCAGGAUACAGCAUUUACCAUAUGAAUAAUGCUGACUUGUUAUUUGGAGGCAUUACAAUUGUUUGUGGUAUUGUUGGGACAUUAGCUGGAGGCUUGUUUCUUGACAGGAUAUCUUCAACCAUCUCUAAUGCUUUCAAGCUUCUUUCUGGAGCAACAUUUCUUGGUGCAAUCUUCUGCUUGAUCGCUUUCCUUUUCAAGAGCUUGUCUGGUUUCAUAGUCUUCUUCUCUAUGGGUGAACUACUGAUUUUUGUCACUCAGGCUCCUGUAAAUUAUGUUUCUCUCCGUUGUGUAAAACCUAGUUUGAGGCCACUGUCUAUGGCUAUAUCUACUGUUUCAAUCCAUGUCUUUGGUGAUGUGCCUUCCUCACCACUUGUUGGGGUCCUGCAGGAUCAUAUCAAUGACUGGAGGAAAACAGCACUUUGUUUAACAUCCAUUUUCUUUCUUGCUGCUGUAAUAUGGUUCAUAGGAAUCUUUUUGAAAAGUGAUGUAUAUGACAAAGAUGAUGAGGAGCAAUCUGCCACAACUAGAGGAGGAAAACUGACGCCAUUGCUUGACGGCAGCAGUGACACUACAUCCAGUCAAGUUUAAUUCUUUUCAAAUUUUAUUACUAUAACUAUGCUUCAAGUGUAUAUUAACUUCUAGUGUGAAGAGGGUAAAAGUCGGUAGCAUACUAGCAUCUUUACUACUACUACCAGUCAUGUGGAAAAUGGUGGACGGUGGUUUGAUACUAUGUUGGAUAUGUAUAUCAUAUAUGCACAUGUGGGGCUGAUCACAAGUGGUAUGACAAUCCUCUUGAAAAAAAAAAUUGAAAAAUGAUAUUGGAUUUUACGAUAUGUUUGGAAGAGUCUGCUGAUUCUUCCACCGCUCAAUUUGUUGUUAUAUGUAAAUUUGUAAUUAUCAAGUCUGUCUUUGAAAAAGAAACUAGCAACGGAUACUUUAUGUUGGGAAUGCGUACUUUCCCAAAGCAUGUUUCGUGUUUUUAUGCAGUGCCUCUAA